AUGACUAACUCCUCGACCAUCACCGCUUCCACCCUCAUCCUCAUUCUCCUCGCCCCGUCCAUGCACGCUUCCGGAACCAUCGAACUGCUCGUCGCCUCGCCACGAACCAUCCUUCUCGAGCCGACAGUCUGUGCGAAUUUCGAGUGCGCCGCGCCGGAUGAGCUGUCGAGCCCGCGAAAGGUACAAGGAGAGCUGAGAUUCAACACCGGACGCUACCAAGGAGAAUCCCGUGAGAUCAUCGAUGUGCAUCUCAAAGUUAUCGAGCCCGGAACAAAUGCCAUCCUCGCCAUCGAACACCACCGCCCAUCGGCUGACAAUGAAUGGAAUCGCAUGCCGAUCGUCGUGACGACUUCCACCGGAUUCAAUGUGACCGUUCAGUUGAGGAACAAGUGUGAUAGCAACUACCACGGACACCGUUGCGGCAGCUACUGCAUCCCAUCGCCCGAUCACCACUGGGAGUGCUCGCCACAAGGACAACGACGCUGCUUGCCAGGAUGGACCGGCGGCGAUUGCUCGACUCCAAUUUGCGCCUCUGGCUGCAACGGACACGGAAAAUGCGUCGCCCCCAACCAGUGCGCCUGCAUCAACGGCUACAAGGGAGCGCAGUGCGAGCAGUGUGUGCCACGCGCCGGUUGCCUCAACGGACAGUGCCAUAACGACGUUCCGAACACGUGCAAGUGUCGCGAUGGUUUCAUCGGUGAUCGAUGUGAUAUUGACGUUCAAGUGUGCUCCAUCGAGAAGCCGUGCGCCAACGGUGGUCGUUGCUCGAUUGAUACCAAGUCUCCGAACGGCUACAAGUGUGAAUGCCCAUUUGAUUUCCUUGGACCACAAUGCAAAACUCCAUUGAGCAGUGUGAAAUGCUCCGCCACAGCAAAGGAUGUUUGUCAGAAUGGUGGAGCAUGCAUCUCAAUGGACGACCGAACGAUUCAGUGCAAGUGUCGCGCCGGAUUCACUGGAAAAUUCUGCGAGUACGGAACGCAUGGGGACUGCUCGACGCUGAAAUGCACGUCGCCAACUGCCACGUGUCAUAUGAGUGGAGACCUGCCGAUUUGUGUGGAGAGUAAUGAAGACGUGGUGACGACGACACCAACGAUGAAAAGUGUGAAGGUGUUGACGAAGAAGAGAAGAAUGGAGCAGGAAGCAGCACCGAUUGAGCAAGAUCCACUUUUACUGAUUUCGCUGCUUCUUCACGUCAACGCUGCCGCGUCUACACUUCCGAUGACGAUGUCACCGACGUCAAAGGCUUCUACGUCUUCUAGGCCGCCUGUUUAUAAGGUCUGCAUCAUUGACACGGAAUGCGGAAUCUCAUCCGAUCAACACCAACACCAUCCACGUCAUCACAACUCUCCGCCACCAGCGUACACAUCGCCGAUGAUGCCACGUGUCUACCGAAGCUUACCGCAAACGAUGGACGACGAUUCGAAUACAUUUCGGAGCCCAUCUGGGAAAUGCUAG